UUUAGUCUUCCUCGUGAGACGCCAAAGUCAGCGAUGUUUACGCAAAGAUUUACGGAGGCUCCUGCAUUUGACUUUUAUUCCCUUCAACCACCACAAGCACGAUGAAGAUGAACUCGGUGACACACCAGUUACACUGGUUCCUCUUAUUAUUCUGCACGGUAAAUCUUUGCAUCCAGCCAGUGUCCAGUGGCAACCGAAGCUCCCGAGGGCAGACAGUGUCAUCAAAGGAGAGGACGGGGACCUGUGAAGUAGUGGCUGCUCAUCGCUGCUGCAAUAGGAAUAAGAUUGAAGAGCGCUCUCAGACCGUCAAGUGCUCCUGCUUUCCAGGACAGGUAGCAGGGACAACAAGGGCGCUGCCCUCUUGUGUUGAAGCUUCUAUUGUGCGCCAGAAGUGGUGGUGUAAAAUGAAGCCGUGUCUGGAAGGGGAGGAGUGCCGAGUUCUCCCUGACCUCACUGGUUGGUCGUGCAUCUCAGGGAACAAAGUGAAGACCACGAAGGUGGCGCGGUAGCAAUCCAGACGCUCCGCCUAAUGAGUGUGAUCCAAG